GGGCUGCUGUCAUGGCCGCCCCCUUGGGCCGGUAUCCGCACAUGAGGUUCUAGAGCUUUGGGUGUAUCCGCAGAAUUUUCGCCACUAGACUUUGGCGUCUCUGAACCCUCCUCCUUCCACUUUCUUUUGAGACUCCUGUGUAACCCUUUUGGGGGCCGGUUUUGGCUGGGGUGAUGUCCGGGGUGAUGUGGACCCCGGAGCUGGCAGUUCUGAGGGGCUUCACCACUGAUGCUGAGCGGCAGCAAUGGAAGCAGGAGGGAGUCGCUGGCUCAGAGAUUGGAUCUUUCCUACAGUUGCUGCUAGAAGGAAACUAUGAGGCCAUACUCUUAAAUUCAUUGACUCAAAAUAUUUUUAAUUCAACAAAGAUGAUUGAAGGAAGGAUUGACAGGUACCUGGAGGAGCAGAUAAUAACAUUCCUGUGUUUCUCACCGCAUUUGGACCUGACCCAAAGACAACAGCUGAUAUUCCUAAUUGGUGUGAGCAGUUUGCAACUCUUUGUUCAGAGUAACUGGACGGGGCCUCGUGUUGAUUUACACCCUCAGGAGCUUUUGCCAUCUGUCUUGUUCCAGCAUUUCAGUGAGGUGAAAGAACUGGAUGCAGCUGUUCUGCGUCUGCUCAUUCUGGAUGGCGAGUCAGUCUACAGCCUCAUCGAGGGGCCCCUGCUGCUGCUCCUGGCGCGGGUCAUCCUGGUGGACGUCAGGCAAAGGCUGGCAGAGGUUCAGAGCUUGCCAUGGUGGACUUUGAGGUAUGUGAAUAUUCAUCAGCAGUUGCUCGAGGAACGCUCACCUCAGCUUUUUGCUCUUGCUGAAGAUUGUAUUGAUGAAGUGAUGAUGCUGGAGAGUCUGUUUGUAGGUGACGCGGGUCGCUGUUUGGCUAUUCAGUUCCACCUGGAGUGUGCAUAUAUGUUUUUGUAUUAUUAUGAGUAUAACAAAGCAAAAGAUCAGUUCGGUAUUGCCAAAGACCUCAGCAAAUUACAAAUUGAUUUGACAGGAGCUUUGGGCAAAAGGACACGGUUCCAGGAAAAUUAUGUGGCACAACUUAUUCUGGAUGUAAGAAGGGAAGGGGAUGUACUUUCAGGUUCUGAAUUCAGUCCAGCCCCAACUCCUCAGGAGCAUUUAACCAAGAAUCUUGAGCUGAACGAUGAUACUGUUCUAAAUGAGGUGAAAUUAGCAGACUGUGAACAGUUUCAGAUGCCCGACCUGUGCGCCGAAGAGCUUGCUGUUAUCCUUGGAAUCUGCACCAAUUUGCAGAAGAAUAAUCCAGUGCAUAAGUUAACCGAAGAGGAGCUGCUGGCAUUUACUUCGUGUUUGCUUUCACAACCAAAGUUCUGGGCCAUUCAGACGUCGGCACUGGUCCUGCGGACAAAGCUGGAGCGAGGGAGCACGCGCCGAGUGGAGCGGGCGAUGCGGCAGACGCAGGCUCUUGCAGACCAGUUUGAAGACAAGACGACGUCUGUACUGGAGCGUCUGAAGGUUUUCUAUUGCUGUCAAGUCCCACCUCACUGGGCCAUUCAGCGCCAACUUGCAAGUUUACUCUUCGAGUUGGGAUGCACCAGUUCAGCCCUUCAGAUAUUUGAGAAGCUAGAAAUGUGGGAAGAUGUUGUCGUUUGUCAUGAAAGAGCUGGGCGGCACGGGAAGGCAGAGGGAAUCCUCAGGCAAGAGCUGAAGAAAAAAGAAACGCCAAGUUUGUACUGUUUGCUUGGAGACGUCCUCCGAGACCACUCGUACUACGACAAGGCCUGGCAGCUGUCCCGGCACCGCAGCGCGCGCGCCCAGCGCUCCAAGGGCCUCCUGCACCUGCGGAACAAGGAAUUUAAGGAGUGCGUGGAGUGCUUCGAGCGCUCGGUCAAGAUUAAUCCCAUGCAGCUCGGGGUGUGGUUUUCCCUCGGCUGCGCGUACUUGGCCUUGGAAGACUACGGAGGCUCCGCGAAGGCCUUUCAGCGUUGUGUGACUCUGGAACCUGAUAAUGCUGAAGCUUGGAACAAUUUAUCGACAUCCUAUAUCCGAUUAAAACAAAAAGACAAGGCCUUUAGAACUUUACAGGAAGCCCUCAAGUGCAACUACGAACACUGGCAGAUCUGGGAGAACUACAUCCUCAUCAGCACUGAUGUUGGGGAAUUUUCUGAAGCCAUUAAAGCUUAUCACCGGCUCUUGGACUUAAGAGACAAAUACAAAGAUGUUCAGCUUACCAGUUCCUGCCGUGCCUUCUGUAAGGUCCUGAAGAUCCUGGUGAGGGCAGUGACCGACGGGAUGACUGACCGCAGUGGGGCCACCGCCGCCAGCCUCAGGGGAAAGCUGCGGGAGUUACUGGGCCGAGUCACUUCGAAAGUGACAAACGACGGGGACAUCUGGAGGCUGUACGCCCACGUGUACGGGGACGGGCAGAGUGAGAAUCCCGACGACAAUGAGAAGGCGUUCCAGUAUCUCUGUAAGGCGUACAAGUGUGACACGCAGUCCAGUGGUUGGGAGAAAGACAUUACGUCAUUUAAGGAAGUGGUUCAGAGAGCCUUAGGACUUGCACAUGUGGCUGUGAGAUGCAGCGAGAACAAGUCCAGUCCCCAGGAAGCUGUGCAGGCGCUGUCUUCCGUGCGGCUCCACCUCCGGGGCCUGGCGUCCAAGGCCAAGCAACUUUUUACGGAUGUGGCCGGCGGAGAAGUUUCCAGGGAGCUGGCCGAUGACGUGGCAGCUCUGGACGCCGCGGCGGCAGAGCUCCAGGACCUGAGCAACCAGCUCUGCAAUCGGUGCUGACCGCCCCGAGUCCUUCCGGGCAGGGCUUUUGCCUCUGGGGUUUCUCUGUCCCCGUGUAUCUGAAAGGCGAGGUAUUGAUUUUUAAAAUAAAUUUCUUUUUUAUG